AUGAUAACCUGUUUAGAUCAUACAAUUACAGCGGGGCAGGAGUCUGAAGACCCUGAGAAACGAUAUCAGCGGCAGCUCAAUUACCAGCUCAACGACCACUCCUACAGUGCUUUUGGUCAGAGGGACGGAGAGGGAAGCACCUGGCUGACGGCUUUUGUUCUCAAGUGUUUCAACCAGGCCCUGGAGUUCAUCGACAUCGACAAGAGACCCCGGGACAGGGCAAAAAUGUGGCUGAGGAGGAACCCUCGAGACGAGAACGGCUGCUUUGUGAAACAAGGACGCGUCAUCCACAAGGAGAUGCAGGGUUCCGUGUCCAGUCCAGUAACCUUGACUGCCUUUGUUACCAUAGCAUUGAUAGAGGCUGGUGCUUAUCCUGAGUCGCCCCCCAUGAGGUCAAGUUUUAACUGCAUCAGGAAUGGCAUCAGGUUUGGAAGAGAGACCAUGGACACCUACACUCUUGCUAUCAGCAGCUAUGCUCUGGGGUUGGGUAGAUCCUAUCGUGUGCCUUGGUCCAUUGCCCUCAACCACCUGAACACAAGGGCCCUCGGAGAUGCUGGCCUGAGAUACUGGAGUAAGUCGGAGACCCCCAGCACGGAAGUAGAAGAAGAUGCCCACUGUUACAGAUUCUGCAGGGUCGACUCCUCUGCUGUGGAGAUGACCUCUUACGCCAUUCUUGCGUACAGGUAUCGGAGACCAUCACCUGGUGAUGUUCUGGUACAAGCCAUGCCGAUGGUGAAGUGGCUCAACACGCAGCGUAAUGCACUUGGUGGCUUCUCAUCAACUCAGGACACUGUCGUAGGACUCCAAGCCUUGUCUAAAUUUGCCAGCUUUGCCUACGACCCCGAUGCACCUCUCGCCGUGAGCGUUGAUGUGGACGCUGCAAGGGCACCUCCUAGUGACCCCCAGGAGCUCAGUUUUGAGGUAGACAACCACAACAGACUGGUACUCCAGAGGGAAGAUUUAGAGGAAGUGCCGACGGAGCUGGAAGUGACAGCUACAGGCAGUGGAUGUGUUUUGUUCCAGGCUGAGCUAAUGUACAAUGUGCCAGUUGCAAUUCCCAACCGUCUCCUCUUUAACAUAACUACAACCAUCAAAGAGUGGGAAAGCAACUCUGUCUCAGAUCCUACAGCCUGCGGGGACAAGACCCUGGAGAUUUGCGUCAGGUACGUGGGAAGCGGUGGGGAGACUGGAAUGGCAAACGUGGAAGUCAAGAUGGUGUCUGGUUACGUUCCUCAUGAACAAUCCUUGAACAGGUUCCAGGAUGGCAACAGCAUCGGCCUCAAGCGCUUUGACAAGUACAAGCCCGGACAACCUCUCUCACUCUACUUUGAUAAGUUUGACGCUGAAUUACGCUGCAUUCCUCUUAACCUGAAGCAGGAGAUCUUUGUGAAGGAGACCAAGGAUGCAGUCAUCAAGGUCUAUGACUAUUACAAACCAACUCUGGUUGGCUUCAAGAGCUACAACACCUGCGAGGCUGAGCACUAAAGCAGAAGACUACAGAAACUUAAAGCCUGUCUGCACUAGUUUGGCCUUGAGGGAUUAGACCUCCCAGCGUGGUCACUGACAGACAGCUAUCUUAUCA